AUGGCGUCCAGGAAGCGGAAAGCCGACGACGAUGGCGAUGAGAUGUCGCUCUCGCCACUUAGCUCGCCGGCGAUAUCCUCGCGACAGCUUGCGAGGCCGGCGAAGAAACCCCGAGGCGGCGCCGACAUGGCGGGCCGCCCGCUAUCGCUACCCCGACUUCUCGAGACCCUCGACAACACACAAUUGUGCACAGUCCUCCAGACCAUCUGCGAGCGGCAUCCGGAUAUCGGCCGGGAGGUGAUCACGGGUGCGCCCCGGCCAUCGGCCGCUUCGGCACUCCAGGUCCUGGGCGAUUAUCAGGCAAAACUACGGGCUGCGGUCCCUUUCGGCCAAUCCAGCUCCGACUACACAUACUUCCGGGUGAAGCAACCUCUGGCCGCGCUUGUCGAUGCCAUCUCCGACUUCACACCCCAGUUCCUCCCGCCCGUCGAACAGCAGACCAACAUCUCAUUACAAUACCUCGACGCUGCGACGAAAGUCAUCCACGAACUGCCGGACUGGGAGAGCCAACAAUAUCGACACCACAAGGAUAAUGCAUACGACGAGAUAUCGGGUGCAUGGGCGCUUGUGAUCACCGAGGCCGCAAAGAGGGGAGGAGGAUUCGUCCUGCACACGGGCGGCUGGGACCAGAGACUGGCCAAGCACAACGAGCAAUCGGGCGGAAAGAUGGAACAAGCGAUGGCCGCCAUGGCGACCGAGGUGCCCUGGGCCGGCAACAACCCCAACGCCGCCCCGGCGUCCGGGCUGUCCGACCCCAACUCGAUCCUGAACCAGCUGAUCAGCGGCAACUACGGCUCGCCCGUCCGUGUCGGCCCCUGGUAA